UCUCGACUGGGGAUUCGAGAGUGAGCUCAUCAAAUGGGCGGUGCAUGGGAAGGCGGGCCCCACAUAAGGGGACGUGGUGAGUUCAAAGAAGACACGUAGGACCCACGCCGAACCCUUUAAAAACCCCUGAAGAGCCCUAAGGCCUAAUCCACCCAAACCAAAAGAAAGAGAAAAAAAGCGCUGUGUACUGACUGACUAAAUAUGGGAGACGAAAAGUCGAACAAUGAAGAUAAACUGCAAAAGUCUGAAGAAAUUGGAUACCAAAGUUUGAGUAACGAGAGUAAUGAGCCCGUCUGCUCUACUGGGAUAAGUGAUGUUGGAACUGUUGAUGUCCCCUUAAAUGUUUUGUCAAACUACCCUUCUUUUUGUAUGAGAGAUAUGUCAUUAGUUGGUGUUGAUGGGAUGAGGAGUGCCCCCCAUCUUGACAGCUAUCAAAAUUUCGCAGUUUAUCCGCAUUUGUUGAACAGGAUUGAUCAUAUGCCUUCCCAAUAUUCACCUCUUGAAAAUAUGGAUGCGAAUACUGAAUAUUUACAAACCGACAUUUGGGAUAUCAAAAUGGAUGACGGUAAUUCCCAAUCACUUGAAAAUUCCAUGAGAUGUGGAAAUAAGGAACAUUUGUUACGGGGUGCUCAAGAUGGCAGCGAAAUGGGAAGUAAUGAUACUUUGGUUGACUGUGUGGUUCAAUCUAAUUACCCUGAAAGUCUAGAUGGGAGUUUUCUGACUCUAGGUAUUGGAGUUGAUAGGGAGGCCAGGUCAAAUUAUAAUAAUGGGGCUAUCAAUAUGCAGUUAAAUCAAUCCCAUAGCCGAAGUGAUUAUGGAAGUUUCUUCUCUUCUGAUUUUAAAAUGGCAGCAGGUUUAUCAGAUUUCCAAACCUACGCCGCUGGACUUUCAGGCAUAGAAGAAAAUGCAGUUGGAUUGUCCAGUUUAAAACAUACUUUUGGUGGACUUCCAAGUAUUGUGCAGAAUGCAAGUGAAUCAUCCAAUGUGAGUGCAUUAACUGGUUCAUCACCAAAUGUUGAUAGUUGCACCUUUUCUACAUAUGAUUUCAGAUUUGCUGCUAGUACUAUCUCCAACCUUAGUUCAACUUCAUCACAAAUGCUACCAAUUCCCCAAAGCCAUGUUCAACAUCCUUUCCUGUCAUCGGGCAAUCGAAAAUUUAAUGCUGGAUUUGCAAAUAUGGAUCCAAACAAAGCACUUCAUGGCCUUUCUGGCAUGUCUUCAAAUGGAGAGCAUAUUAAAAGCCAUUCUGAAUUGCUUCCUAAUCAAAGCUUUCCUACUGUUUCUGGUUCAUCAUCAAUAGUGCAUAGUUGCGGCCAAUCUGGACAACCUUUUCAAGCUUCCUUGCCUUCUUUAUCUUCUUUUGUGAGAAGCAAAUAUGCUGCAGUGAACUCUGAUCAACUACAAAAGUGUGAUAUUGGAAGUAUACCGAGCUUACAGAGGGGAACAUCUGUAUCUUCUGUUCUUGGAAACAUUGAAAACACUAGCAGCCGGUCAGAUGUGUGGCAAGAUUAUCCUGCUCACCAGGAUGCUGCUAUUCAAACUGUUGAAAAAGCUCUUUUCUCAAAGAGGAUACAAAACCAGUUAGCUGGUAAAGAUCAGCUUUCUGCUUGUGAUAGAAGUGCCUCUCAAGUUGCUAGCAUUUCUCCCUUAUCCAAGAAUUUUUCUGUUCAAACAGCUAGGAAAAAUAAGCUUUCUACCACUGAUGGAAAUGCUGCUGAAGUUGUUAGCAUUCUUCCAUCUUCUAACAAUGUCGGAUUUCAAGAAGCAACCUCUCUUGGUCAACCUCGAAAUAAUACUUCCAUUCAGGCCUCCAAUAAUCUUGUUCCUGCUUAUACAUAUGGGCAAAAUGGUCCUGCUGCCACCCCUAACAAUCGAACCAGAUCAUCUCUCAAGAGGAAACCAGCCCAAUCACCAGCUGCUAUUCCUCAGGUUCAAAUAAAAAGGACAGCAAAGUUUUUCGCCCGAUCACCUGCAGUAAACAUGGCACAAAAUGCUCCUUAUAUUUCACAUGUUCCAUCCAUGGCCCACCCCAUAUCUUCUGUUCCACCUCUAAGAGUAACACCACAACCAUCAGUACAAGCUACUACCAUCUCUCUCUCAGCUAGGAGGUCUCUAUCUCCCCACGUAAAAUGGCAAGAUAGAGAUUCUCUUGAACCAAGUGGGUACAAGUGUUUGUUAUGCAAGAGGGAUCUUUCCUACAGACCAGAAGGCCCUAUUCUCCCGCUAACCGCUCCACCUCCCGUUGCGGUUUUGUCAUGUGGUCACUGCUUUCAUGAACUCUGCUUACAACGAAUGACCCCUGAAGAUGAAGCCAACAGUCCACCUUGUAUUCCGUGUGUGAUUGGUGAGGGCUAACUAGCUCAUGCUCAAUCAUUUGCUUUUGCAUCAAACUUUACUUUGCUCGGAGUUUUGGAUAUAGCAGUUUGAAUGCUAGGAAGAUGGAAUAUAGAUUUUGUACAAUUUACAACAAAUGAUAUUAUCAAUAUCCUACAUAGCCUGUGUUCGUUUUGAAUCGGAUAGAUUACUGGUGUCAUCACUUGGUCAACAAAGCAUGUCUAUUUUGCAGUUGUUGAGAAAGUAACCAUUUUA